AUGCCAGAGAUCCAGUCUCCUCUCCAGCUCCCGCUGAAGCAUCUUCUGCUGCUCAUUGUCUGCCUGAUUCCUGAUUGCAUUGGUCAGGACGUGCGCUUUGGUUUCCAAGACAACAAGUCAGACAAGCUUGCCAUCCUGACCUUGAGACGGGUGGCAGACGGUGACAGUGGCGUUUACAAGUGUGGUUACUCCCCUGAUGGAGACCGUGUCAACUUGAAGACAAUACAGUUCUGGGAACUGUCAAAUAUUGGAUAUGAAGGCGGAGAGGUUACGUUCAAGUGCACAUACGCCCAAGGUUUUCAGACGAAGGCCAAGUACUUCUACAAAAAGGAUUCCGCAUCCCCGAACACCCUCAUCGAGACCGAUAUUGGUCAAACCAGCCAGGUGAAAGGGCGUGUCUCGCUUCGAGACCACACCAAUGCUCGGGUGUUCACCGUCACCUUGCAGAAACUGACCGUACAGGAUUCUGGGAAGUACAGCUGUGGAAUGAAAAGAGGUCGAAUGGAACCAGAUCAUCUCUCUGAACGCCGGCUGGUUGUUAAAGGCGUAACCACUGUGAUUGGACACUCGGGGGGCCUUCUGAUGGUUGAGUGUCCGUAUCAGAAUGGAGAGGAAUCGAGAGGCAGCAAGCGUUUCUGCAGAGGAAAAGAUCCGGUCAAGUGCUUGCAGGAAGGAUCAGUCGAUGGUGACCGAUUCUCUUUGAGUGACAGCAAUUCUGCUGCUGAGGGAGCCUUCACUGUGACUAUCAAGGACCUGAGGGCAGAGGAUGCUGGGAUAUAUUGGUGUGUGGAGUUUGGAGAGGCAGGACCUGAGUUCACUUCUGCUAUCGAUCUCAAAGUUAACACAAAAUGAGGGCUGACACAUACUGUAUCUGUGUCUGUACGUUUCUGAUGUGUACUGUAUAUGUGUUUAUCUUGACCACAAAUCAGAAAAAUAGUGUGACAAUUUGUUUGACAUUAAUAAAGCCAAUGCAUAUGA